AUGGCUAAGUCUGUAGUCUGCGCUGUCCCGAUACAAGCCGAGCCGGAGCUGCGUGUACGGGUUCCCUCGCGACUGAAUGGCUUCCCGCCCCGCACCCCCGUCACACACACCACACCCGGCAUCUUCACGUCACCUCGCACCACUCCCGGCAACUUCACGUCACCUCGCACCACUCCCGACAACUUCACGUCACCUCGCACCACACCCGGCAACUUCUCGUCACCUCGCACCACUCUCGGCAACUUCACGUCACCUCGCACCACUCUCGGCAACUUCACGUCACCUCGCACCAAUCCCGACAACUUCACGUCACCUCGCACCACUCCCGGCAACUUCUCGUCACCUCGCACCACACCCGGCAACUUCACGUCACCUCGCACCACACCCGGCAACUUCUCGUCACCUCGCACCACUCUCGGCAACUUCACGUCACCUCGCACCACACCCGGCAACUUCACGUCACCUCGCACCAAUCCCGACAACUUCACGUCACCUCGCACCAAUCCCGGCAAGUUCACGUCACCUCGCACCACUCCCGACAACUUCACGUCACCUCGCACCACUCCCGACAACUUCACGUCACCUCGCACCACACCCGGCAACUUCACGUCACCUCGCACCACUCUCGACAACUUCACGUCACCUCGCACCGCACCCGGCAACUCCACGUCACCUCGCACCGCACCCGAUCGCAGGCGGGACUCCCUCCGAGAUGCGACGGCACAGUUGGGCCCCGCCGGGCUGCUCCCGACACGCACCACGCAGGCCUUGCAACCACACCGCGGGGGCGACCACGCAGGUGGCAGCGAGAACAAGUGGUCGGCGGCCGAGAGCCUGCAGUUUAACAACUCCUGA